AUGUCGUCACAAGCCCAGAAGCGAAAGCACAAAACACUGACAAUUAAAAAAAAAUGUGAUAUUUUAGACCGUUUAAAUCGUAAUGAAUCUUUUAGUAGUUUAGCAAGUGAAUAUGGCGUAGGCCGAUCUACAAUUUAUGAUAUUAAAAAAAAUCAUGAGAAGAUUAAAAACUUCGUAUCAACUACUGACUGUGGGCCAGGCAAGAGACAGAUACUCAAGAAAGCUGAACAUCCAGAAGUGGAAGAAGCUUUGGACAUGUGGUUUCUUCAGGAAAGAAAUAGGCAUGCUCCAAUUUCGGGACCCAUGUUGGCCAUGAAAGCUAAGUUUUUUUAUAAGGAAAUUAUAAAAAAAGAUGAUUUUGUGGCUAGCAAGGGAUGGUUAGAACAUUUUAAAAGUCGUCAUGGCAUACGUUUAAUGACUAUAACAGGAGAGAAACUUUCUAAUGAUGCUACCUGCAUAGAGCCAUUUAAAUUAAGAUUUUUGCAAAAGGUGAAAGAUUUAAAUCUUAACCCAUCACAAGUGUACAAUGCAGACGAAUCAGGACUUUUUUGGCGUGUGAUACCAAACAAAACUUUAGUUUCCUUUAACGAAAAAUCCGUACCUGGGCUAAAGUAA